AUGUCACGCGGAAGCAAGCUCUCAGUGUCAAGCGUGCGGGGCUCCGUCCGCGAGCUCCUCGCCGAGGCCAACGGCGAGAAGAAGCGCAAGUUCGUCGAGACGGUCGAGCUGCAGAUCGGCCUGAAGAACUACGACCCCCAGCGCGACAAGCGUUUCUCGGGCACCGUCAAGCUGCCCACCGUCCCCCGCCCGCGCAUGUCCAUUUGCAUUCUCGCCGACGCCGCCGACAUCGACCGCGCCAAGCAGAUCGACCUCGAGUACAUGUCCGUCGAAGAUCUGAAGAAGCUCAACAAGAACAAGAAGCUCGUCAAGAAGCUCGCCAAAAAGUACGACGCCUUCCUCGCCUCUGAGGCGCUCAUCAAGCAGAUCCCCCGUCUUCUCGGGCCCGGUCUCUCCAAGGCCGGCAAGUUCCCAACCCCCGUCUCGCACGGCGAGGACCUCAGCAACAAGCUCACCGAGGUCCGCUCCACCAUCAAGUUCCAGCUCAAGAAGGUGCUCUGCUUAGGCGUCGCCGUCGGCCACGUCGAAAUGACCGAGGACCAGGUGCUCGGCAAUGUCAUGCUUAGCAUCAACUUCCUCGUCUCCCUCCUCAAGAAGAACUGGCAGAACAUCAAGUCGCUCCACAUCAAGUCGACGAUGGGCAAGCCCAUCCGUCUGUACUAA